UCCUUCCCCUCGGAUCUCUGAUCAGUUCAGUCGCAUUUUAGGGAAACCUUUAUUUAAAUAUUAUUAGAAAAAUCAAAGUUUUCGUAAAUUAAUUCUAAGUGAUAUAAUAGGAGACCAUAAAAUAACAAGAGUGGUCAGAAACGGAGUUCGCGCUGUUCAUUCAUACAAGUAUUGUCAUCAACGGGCAUAGUACUACACUUCGAUCCUGUUUUUUGUGCCGACAUCGACAUGCCAAUAAAUAGAUCCCCACCGCGGUCGCUUCCCGCGCCGGCUCAGCCCGCUAACCAAGGCGCUGCGGAGCGUGAAAGUUGCGACCCCCCAGCGAGUAUAAGCGUCCAACACUAUGACUCUGCACCGGAUCUCCGGCUCUUGUUGGACACGGUAACCGAGAGAAAAAAGAGGAAGUUCGAUCAUUCUGACUCAAACAUCAUUGACGUCAUGAAGGAAAUGUUCAAUGCUUUUGCGCGAGAUCAAGAUGCGCGUUUUGAGCGUCUACAAACGACCAUAUCAAACUUGAAAGAACAAAAUAAUGAAUUAACUCUCAGCGUAGAACUGAUGUCAAGCAAAUAUGAUGAGUUUCUGGUUAAGAUUUCUGAGCUUGAGUCGGAAAGGAAGAAAGAUAAAGAGGCAAUAUACUUCCUUGAAGAUAAAAUUGAGUACCUCGAGCGCAAGUCGAAAUCUACGGGAAUCGAAAUACGAAACCUCCCCAAAAAAACUGGUGAAACAAAAAAGGAUCUUUGUAGUCUAAUACAAAAUUUUGGAAACUCCAUUAACGUAGACAUGAAUCAGAGCUGUGUGAAGGAUAUUUACAGAAUUAGGUCAAAAGAUGCCUCAAAUCCAAUUCUUGUCGAAUUCACAACAGUGAUUCAAAAGGAAACUGUCCUAGAAAACGUGAAAGCCUUUAAUAAAACUAAGAAAAUCGGUGAAAAACUGAACACUGGACACUUUUUGAUACAGGGACCCGUAAAACCAGUUUUUAUAUCAGAAUUACUUACAACACGGGCUCAAAGACUCUUCUAUCUGGCGAGAUCUUUUCAGAAACAACACAACUAUGCAUUCUGCUGGUCUUCACAUGGUAUUAUAUACCUAAGGAAAGAUGAAAAGUCUCCACAUAUGAAAAUUGCCUCGGAAACAGAUAUUGAAAACCUACGGAAGAAUAGUUUUUUAGAGCGGUCCUAGAGUGCUAUACUUAUUAUGUCAUUGAUCUACUGAUACAUUGUACUCUUUUCAUUCUUAUGCAUGAUUUAAAAUAUGUAACUCAUAAUUACUUCUUUUUCACAAAACAAUUGACACUUUACACAUACAAACAAAUACUCAGAGUGGAUUCUUGCAAUAAAGUACACCUCAGCUCCAUAAAGCGUAACUACAUCUUAGCUAUUGCCGUAUUUAUAUAUACCUACUACAAAAAUCAAUCAACAGGAUCACUUAUACCGCAUUGUAAACAGUUAUAAAUAUAUAUAAAGUUUCCAAUGAUAUUGAUGACUGCUCUAUAACGGAAUCAUGUGAAUGCGAUGUCGAACAAUGUAAAAAAAUAUAUCCAUCACAAGUAACGCUAUCGGUUUUAACUCAAAACAUUAGGAGUAUAAACAAAAACUUUGCAGAUUUUGAUAUAUUUUUAAACAGACUAGGAAUUGAAUGUGAUAUACUUAUCCUAACAGAGUGUUGGUUGUCAUGUGUCACUUCUAUACCUACUAUUAAUGGAUAUUGUUCCUUCGCAAGCACAAACAAUCCACUGCAAAAUGAUGGAGUUAUUAUCUAUAUUAAGGAUGAACUAUCCUUUACCGUUGAAGAACCGCUACUUCAAAACUGUAACAGCCUACUAAUAAAAAUUGAACGCAAUGACACAGCAAUAUUAGCGGUUUAUCGUUCACCUUCAUAUAAAAAUGUAAGCCCGUUUUUGCUCUCGCUCAACCAAACAUUGGAAAAAAUAUCAAAUUUCAAAAAUAUAUCCCUGGUCGGUGACCUUAACCUUGACCUAAUCUCAGAAAGUCCAAAUUCCUCCGUUGAACAAUAUCUGACACUUACGGCGUAUCAUGGGCUGUCACCUACCCACUAUUUAGUUACUCGCGAUGAUAGUGGGACAUGUAUAGAUCAUGCGCUUCUGAAAUCUACUUUUCCAUCCAUCACUAUAGUCCCACAAUCUACUAUUACGGAUCACAAAACCGUCAUUCUAUGUUUGAAAAAGCCACAAUCCCGACACUAUGCAUCCUCAAACCGCCUUGUUAUUGACCAAGAAGGACUGAGCGACUCCAUUAACAAAAUCAAUUUCGACCAUCUUUAUAAUCUCACGGAAUGCAAUGCAGCUAUGGAUUGUUUCAUUAAUUCAUUAAAAACGGCUCUGGAAAAUAACACCGCAAUAGUUCCCUUAUCAUGUCGUAAAAAGAUAAUUAAACCGUGGAUCACGCCUGGGCUGUUACGCUGUAUGCGAAACAGAGACAAGCUACAUAAAAAAUCUAAAGCCAGUCCAGAUGACUUAAUUAUAAAAUCAACGUAUAUCCGUUAUAGAAAUUUCUGCUGUAAAAUUCUAAAAAAAGUUAAACGUAGUUACGAAAGAGAACUUAUUCAAAAGGCAGGUAACGAUAGUAAACAGCUGUGGGAUACCAUUAAGAAUAUUACAAAUACAUCUAAAGUUAUAAAUUUUCCUAAGGAGUUACUGACACUUAAAGAUAAUCCCCAGAAAUCUGUUGAUUACAUUAAUAAAUAUUUUUCUUCUGUGGGUGAAACAUUGGCAAACAAAAUCACAUCUUCACAACCCCAUAUCAAUAAUAUAAAAAAAUCUACUAUAUUAUCUCCUAACGACUCAUUUGUACUAAUUGACACAGAUGAAGAGGAAGUUAAUAGUUUAAUACUAACGCUUAAAAAUAAAUGCUCAGUAGGACAUGAUGGUAUUACUAAUAAAUUAUUAAAGGAUUUUAGACAUCAACUUGUGCCACACCUUACAUACAUAUUUAAUAUGUGCUUAGCAAAUGGAAUAUUCCCAUAUGCCUUAAAAAGGUCCCAAAUUUCCCCAAUACAUAAGGGAGGUGACAGAAACCAUAUUUUAAACUACAGGCCAAUAUCGAUCUUACCAUCUAUAUCAAAUUAUUGGAAAAAAUUAUAAAUUCGAGACUAAUUAAAUACCUAGAGGACAAAAACAUUAUAUCAGAUAAUCAGUUUGGUUUUAGGAAAGGCAAAUCUACGGAUGAUGCUGUAAGUACUCUCACAAAUUUUAUAGCACAGAAAUUAGACGAGGGUAAAAAAUGCAUUGCAAUAUUUUUAGAUUUGGCCAAGGCCUUUGAUACGGUGUCUGUCCCUAUCCUUAUCUAUAAAUUGCAGAAAAUAGGUGUCAGAGGUACGCAGCUAGCCCUAUUUUCUGAUUACUUAACAGGUAGAUCACAAUGUGUUAAGGUAGGAUCUCACACUAGUACCAAUCUUUCCGUGACGUAUGGUGUCCCGCAAGGUAGUAUCUUGGGGCCUACCCUUUUUCUCAUAUACAUUAAUGAUCUCCUAUGCCUUGACUCAUUUCAUGGCAAAAUCAUUUCUUACGCAGAUGAUACUGCUCUUAUCUUCACCGCUAAAUCAUGGAAUGAGACAUACCUACUUGCACAAAAUGGUCUAAAUACAGUUAGGAAUUGGCUAAAAGAUAACAUCCUCACCCUAAACAGCGAAAAAACUAAGUAUUUAGCUUUUUCAAUACGAAAUUGUUCACAAGACCUUAAAUUAAUUGCACAUGACUGUCAGAGCGACCCAUCUUCCGAUUAUAAUUGCCAAUGCAAACCUUUAGAACGCGUAUCAUUCAUCAAAUAUUUGGGCGUUAUCAUUGAUAGUAACCUAAGCUUCAAGCAACAUAUUUUUAAUUUAAGCAAAAAAGUGAGAAAACUUAUAUAUGUCUUUAAAAACUUGAGACAUGUGGUUCCUCGUCAUACGCUGAAGCAGAUUUAUUAUGCCCUCUGUCAGUCACUGAUUUCAUACUGCAUUUCUUC